AUGCUCUCUCUCUUCUCGGCAGCGCACGGGCUGCCCUACGCGGUGGCGGGGCGGCGGCCGCCGGACCCGGAGCUGUUCCCGAACUACAUGCAAAACGCACAGAACCUGUGGCUGCGCUUCACGGAGUGGUGGCCGCACGGGGACGGGCGCCCCGCGACGCAUCCCGCGGCGCUGAAGGGCGUGGUGUUCGUUGUGCCUGGGCUGGGCGAGCACACCGGCCGCUACGACUCCGUGGCUCUGCGGCUGAACCGCGAGGGCUACGUGGCCUUCUCCAUGGACAACCAAGGCGCGGGUGGCAGCGAGGGGGAGCGGCUGUACGUGGAGCGGUUUGAGUACUUCGUGGACGACGUGUGCGCCUUUGUGCGGUUCGUCCAGCAGCGCUACCCCGCGCUGAAGGGGCUGCCGACGUUCCUGCUGGGCCACUCGAUGGGUGGGCUGAUCAGCGUGCGGGUGGCGCAGCGUGAUCCCUCGCCGUUUCGCGGCGUUGUCCUGAGUGGCCCCGCGCUGAGCCUGACGAACCCGCCGCCGUCCUUUGUGCUACCACUGGGGUCUUUUUUCGCACAGUGGGUACCGAAAUUGCCAAUCUUCAGUGUGGAUGUCUCUCUCAUCUCGCACAAUCUUCCUGUGUUUCAGUUUGCCAUGCAGGAUCCCUUCUACGCCAGAGUGAAGCUGACUGCCCGCUUUACGGCGGAGAUGCUGCGGGAGCAGGAGAGGGCGGCGAGCGACAUCGACAAGUCCACCUUUCCGUUCUUGAUCGUGCAUGGCGAGGACGACCAGCUGUGCUCGCUGAGCAAGUCAAAGUGGUUUCACGAGCACGCCCCUUCGAAGGACAAGCACCUUGUGUCGUACGCCGGAGCUGCGCAUGAAGUACUCACAGAGGUGUGCCGCAACGAUGUGAUGAAUGAUGUGGUGAAGUUCAUAAACGAACGUGCAACGUAG